ACGAGAGACUUUGCUUCCAUAAACGAAAUUAACAAGAGGGAGAAUCAGUGAAGCAAUACAUUGCAGUAAUUAAAAAGUUAGCAGAACACUGCGACUUUGGCACGCAUUUGUAGGAUGCACUGAGAGACCGGCUCGUAUGUGGACUCAACAUGGAGGCAAAACAGAAAAGAUUGCUAACCGAGCCUGCAGUCACUUUUCAAAAGGCUGUGGAAGUAGCCGUAGCAAUGGAGACGGUAGCAAAAGAAAUGCAACAGCUAAGUAAUGCAUUAAAAGUAAAUGCACUUUCACUGACUAGUCAGCAACAUUACAAGUGUGUGUGCUGUGGAAAACCGAAUCAUUAAGAGGCCGAAUGCUAUUAAAAGGAACAAACAUGCCACAAACUGUGAAGAAAGGCCACAUAUCAAGAGUGUGCUGAAACAAAAGCAUGUAAAUAACGAAAAGACAUGUGGUUACAUAAUAUAACAUAAUAUGCUGUAUGUAAUGAAGGGUAUGUAAAUGAUAUAAUGCAGUACAAGCUUAAACAUAGUUCAAAAAGGUUGGUUAUGUUUAAAAAAAAUAUGCAGAUAUAAUUAUGUAGGGAAAAGUAGACUACAAACUAAACUGCUUGUUAAACUGCCUUUGUGGAAUAAUUCUGAUACAAUUUUUGUCUGCCUUAAUACUUACUAACUGAUGACUCUGUAUGUAAACAUAUUCAUUAAUACAUGUUUUUAUCUUCCAGGGCCAAAAGUCAUCAAAGUGGAAGAAGGCGGUGAUGUUAUUUUACCCUGUUCCCUCUGGCCCAAGAAGGAUCUUCGGUCAACACAGUUUAUCUGGAAGAAAGUUUCCGAGAAAACUGAUGGUGAUCAGAAGGUGUUCCUGUAUGAUAAAGGUGAUCUUUACAGUGACGAGCAUCCAGGUCAGAGUGAGCAGUUCAAAGGUCGAGUCUCACUUUUUCCAGAUAAACUGAAACAAGGCAACGCCUCCAUAAUCAUCAGAAAUGCAAUGAGGGCUGACAGUGGAGAAUACAGAUGUUAUUUUCCAUCAAUUCAAAGACCUCAAAUGUUCUACAUUAAGCUUGAUGUUGAGCCAACAGUCAUCACAGCGGAAGAAGGCAGUGAUGUUACUUUACCCUGUUCCCUCUGGCCCAAGGAGGACAUUCAGUUAACACGGUUUGUCUGGAAGAAAGUUUCCCAGAAAACCGAUGAUGUUCAGAAUGUGUUCCUGUAUGAUUAUGGUGAUCUUUACAGUGACGAGCGUCCAGAUCAAAGUGAGCAGUUCAAAGGUCGAGUCUCACAUUUUCCAGAUGAACUGAAACAAGGCAACGCCUCCAUAACCAUCAGAAAUACGACGAGGGCUGACAGUGGAGACUACAUCUGUAUUGUUCCAUCAAUUCAGAAACCUAAAACAAUCCACAUUAAGCUUGUUGUUGCUUCAACUCCAGAGUCAGAUGAACAUCAUCCAUUAAUGAAUGGAAUGGAUGGAAUCGAACUUCAUUCAUUAAUGAUAGAAAGGCUUUGAUAAUGUCUGUGUUGCUGGAAACAUUUAUUUAGUUUUCAGUUAUUUUAUGCUUGUGUUAUAUCACAAUUAAUAGGCUCAUUGAUUUUGUCGUGCAGUUCUAGUUGAUUGUGUAACUGUUUGUAAGACUUGUACAGUAUUCCUGUUCCAGAGGUGUGUAGAGCAGAGAGGACCAGGUCAACAUGAUGAUGCUCUUAUAAGUCUUGUAUUUUUAUAUUCAGACCAAAUUACAAAGUUAACUGUGAUGAUGUGGAGUGUGAAAUAUUGUGCAAAUAAAUGUCAUUUUAUUUAUUUUUUAAAUAUA